ACCACCCGAAGCCCUAAUUCUUGGAGCGGCUGCUUGAAAGUCCUGUGGGAAUCGCGAUGACGCUCUCUUUCAAGCGUGCGUCUGGUUGGGUCGAGAGACGCGCUCUGGCCCUCGUUGCUUCGUCUUGCUUCCCAGCGCGCAGCCAUGAGUUUCCGGUUUCAUCAAUACCAGGUGGUUGGGCGGGCCCUUCCUACCGCGACCAAUGAGACACCUAAGGCUUACCGCAUGAAGCUCUGGGCCACCAACGAAGUGCGCGCCAAGUCUAAGUUCUGGUAUUUCCUCAGGAAGUUGCAGAAAGUCAAGAAGGCCCACGGUCAACUUCUCGCUAUCAACGAGAUUUUUGAGAAGUACCCUACCACUAUCAAGAACUAUGGUAUCUGGGUGCGUUAUCAGAGUCGGACCGGGUACCACAACAUGUACAAGGAGUAUCGUGACCUUACGUUGAAUGGAGCAGUUGAGCAGAUGUACGAUGAGAUGGCUUCUCGUCAUAGGGUUCGCUUCCCAUGCAUCCAGAUCAUCAAAACUGCAACUAUUCCAGUUUCUCUUUGCAAGCGUGUGAACACCAAGCAGUUCCAUAACUCCAAAAUCAAGUUCCCUCUGACCACCCGCAAGAUCCGUCCACCAACCAGGAGCCUGAAGACCACAUACAAGGCUUCCAGGCCCAACACAUUUGUGUAGAAAAACAGUCGAGAAGGAUCCUGUUCUACCUCGUGGCGACAGUUGCCAUUUCAUACGUGACGUGUUGGGGACAGUAAAAGCAUUGAAUCCUUCUAUUUUUUUGAAGGAUAUAUUUGAAUUUAAGUGCAGUACGUUUUGCUUUUUUCUUGA